AGGCGCCUUCUGGCACCUCAGGCAUGGGCCCUUCUGUCGUGUGACGAGGCUCUCUGGGCAAAAUGUGCGCCCUCAGAUCCGUGAAACCUUGAACUGAAAGGAGUGAAAGGAGCCUAUACCCACCCAGCAAACUGCGGGGCCCAGAAAUCCGAAUUAAGAGCAUUGAGAAAGUGGUGGAAAGCAAAAAAAAUAGCUCGCAAAAGAAACGACGUGGCUGAAAAGUCCUUUUUUUCCAAGUCGGUGCCUUCCAAAUUUGUUGGACCGACACUUCUGACUGAAAAUUCUGGAUCUUUUAUUCCAACAAAUGCAUCUCUAAAUUAUUCGGUUCUCUCCUCAUCCAUGCAAUUCUCCCUCUUUAUGCCAGUCUCAUGUCUUCAAGAAUGCCACCAGAAAACAUUAAAACAACCAAUGUUACUGAUACAGAGGAAAAGGUGAAGUGCAAUGUUGAUAAGGUAGAAAUUAAAGACUUGCCACUGGAAAAGAUGGAGAAUAUUGAAACGAUGUCAAAAAGACAAAGAAAGAAACUAAUAAAGCAGAAACAAUGGGAAGAACAAAGAGUCUUGCGCAAGCAAAAACGUAAAGAAAAACGCUUGAAAAGAAAAAUGGAGCGCCAGUCUCAGCUGGAAUCAAACAGUGAAGGAAGUGUCAGGAAACGUAUGCGUAGGGAUAUUGUUCCUAGUGCACUUCGGCUUAUAAUAGACUGCAGUUUUGACAAUUUAAUGGAAUUAAAGGAUGUCAAGAAACUUCACAAGCAAAUUCAGAGGUGUUAUGCAGAAAAUCGUAAAGCACUUCAUCCUGUUCAGUUUUACUUGACCAGUCAUGGAGGCCAGCUGAAGGACAACAUGAAUGAAACAGACAAGGGAUGGAUAAAUUGGAAGGAUAUUCAAAUUAAAUCAACUCAUUAUAGUGAGUUAGUGAAAAAGGAAGAUCUUGUUUACCUUACCUCAGAUUCUCCAGAUGUCUUGAGUGAAUUAGAUGAAUCAAAAGCCUAUGUUAUUGGAGGCUUGGUUGAUCACAAUCAUCACAAGGGAAUUACAUACAAAAGAGCAAAAGAACAAGGUAUAAGCCAUGCACAGCUCCCCCUAGGAAACUUUGUGAAAAUGAAUAGCAGGAAAGUUCUGGCAGUCAAUCAUGUAUUUGAAAUCAUCUUGGCAUAUCUGGAAAAGAAGAACUGGGAAGAAGCCUUUUUUACUAUUUUGCCACAACGAAAAGGGGCCAAACUGCUGCAUGAGGCAACCGAGGUGACCAUUGCCUCCCCUUGCAAGCAGCAAGAGACAGGAAUUAUUCAAGAUGAAGUCUCUGAAAGGCGCUAAAUGUCAGUGAAAACGCUACUCAUGAAACGAGACAGAAAGCUUCCAACUUUGGAAUUUAUGAAAUGAUGCUAUACCUCCUCUCUUGGUUUCAAGCACUAGAUUUUUAUUACCAAGUUUAAGCUGUAAAAUUAAACUCAUAAAAUAUUUAAUAGCAUUUAAAUAUGCAAAAAAAAUGUUGAAGGAGCUUAGAUUUCCAAGGAUGCCAAUAUUUAUUUUCCUUCUUAAUCUUUUAUUUAAUAUUUCCUGAAGACUAUUUGUUUUUUAUUCUGAACCUCACAGCAGAAUUUUAAUUGUAAUACAGUAAACAUUCACGUGGCUGAAAUAUGUAUUGAAACUCAAGUAUAACAUUUUCUUCUUUAUAAUGUUCUUUGCUUCAUGUUUGUAAUAUUUGAGAUUUUUCCUUAGUAAAGGCAAGACAUGACAAGAUCCAACUGCAACUAGAAUUGUAGAUUAGGAAGGUGAAGAGUAAUUUUGCAUUUUAUUAAGGCUUUUUGUUUUAAUCUAAAUCCUCUUGAUUCCUGUGCUUGUAGAAACAGGACAGAAAUUUAUUUUACAUUUCAGUUUUGCUGAACCCAACUACAAGUUUUCAUCGUGGGCAUGCUUAGUAAUUUCUGCAGUAAGAAUGAAAAUGAAGGCGUAUCGUCAGAAACAUAACCUAUACAGCAGCUUUUCAUUACACUACCGACAUUGUCUAAAACAGUAUAAGGAGUUAACAUUGUAUAUGUUCCUCCCCCAACCAAGGCUCAGGUACAAAGAAGCUAGGCUUUCACAACUCCUGUGUUGCAAAUGAAAACAAGAAGAGGUGCCACCCCAGGUUCACUGAAAGAUUUUUUUUUAAUAGUUACAGUUCUUCAGUGACCAUAUUAAAAUUGUUGAAUGUCCAGAAAGGCAUAUUUCCUAUGUGCUAUAAUGUUACAUGACAUGAUGAAAAAAUCUGCUUCAAAGUUACUUAGUUUUCAGAAGUUUGAAAUGUUUUAGACAAAGUAAGGAACUUUCAUAUGAUUGAAGAAGUUAAGCAAAUAUCAAAAUUAGAAGCUAAUUAGAAUUAAGUUUUGUUGUGGGGGAUCAUUUCAAAAAGCUGAUCAAAUAAAUUGUGUGAAUGGUGUAACAUGCUUUUAAACUUGAAUUCUUUUUUGCUCAUCUUAUUCAAUGUUAUGUGAAAUUUAAAAUAACAAAUGUUAUCUAUCUAUCUAUACACACACACACAUACACACACAAAGAGAGAUUGCCAGUAAAUAGUAUUCAAAGUU